AAAUCGCUCGCGUGAGGGUAAACAGCUGUGGAUGGGAGGCUGUAGGUCGCGUGCGCUGACGUUGUUCUCCUCAUUUGGAGCUUUUGGAGCCUCUGUGAUCCCCACCAGUCCCCAAAAAGGCUUAAGAUGCUUCGAGAGAGUUCCAAAGGGUGGAGCAAUGGCUCAGAGGCCUACAGCAGUGAUCCCGAGGAGGAAGAGGACAUGGUAUUUGGGGAGAAUGACCAGGAAGUGCCAGCGGAGGAGAUGAUGGAUCUGAGCGACCUGCCUACAGCGCUGUUCGCCUGCAGUGUUCAUGAAGCUGUGUUUGAAGAGGACGUGCACAGGGAGAGGUUUGAGGCCUUAUUUAGGAUCUACGAUGAACAGACGUCUUUCCAGAUGUUCAAAAGCUUCCGAAGAGUCCGAAUCAACUUCAGCACCCCAGAGGCUGCUGCCCGCGCACGCAUCGAACUGCACGAGUCCGAGUUCAACGGCAAGAAGCUGAAACUCUACUUUGCCCAAAUCCAGAAUGGUGACGAGGACAUCGACAAAUCGUACCUGGCCCCUCCACAACCUGUCAAACAGUUUCUGAUUUCCCCACCUGCCUCACCACCAGUGGGCUGGAGCCAGAGUGAUGACGCCACACCCGUCAUCAACUAUGACCUGCUGUGUGCAGUAGCCAAGCUGGGACCCGGUGAGAAGUACGAGCUCCACGCGGGCACAGAGUCCACCCCCAGCGUGGUCGUCCACGUAUGCGAGAGCGAGACGGAGGAGGACGAGGCGGCGCGGCCAAAGCAACAGAUCAUCCAGACCAGACGUCCCGACGGCCCACCAACAGUCUUCAACUAGAGAAGCCCCUCCCCCCCGCGGCCGCCCCUUUACUUGCUACACACCUGCCCUCUCUCUCUCGUCUCUGCACUCACAGAGAGCGUUGAUGCCCCUCAUUUCAGUUUAACUACAAGCAAGCAAACCAACAAGCAUUGGUCCAGACGGUGUUUGUGAGGAAUGUGGUGAUGGAAUGAGGCGGCUUGAAAGGGAUGGAUGAGAAUCACACACACACUCAUCACAUUCUGCGGGACAGCGUGGGGAGCGGCAGCCAUACUUGUCUUCGCCUCGCCAACGGCCCUCGUUUAAAGCAAAGAGGGGUGGACGAACGUGUCCCAACGCAGGCACCUGUCACUUUUACUAGCGCUGCUUAGUCGCUCGCUCAUUAGCGUUAGCCUCUCCCGCCAUCUCACAGCCACACAUAUGCUAAUGUUUGGUUGAUGAUAACCUUUAUUUUCUUACCUUUGUUGUGUGUUUUGUUUUGUUGUUUUGUUUUUUUUUUUUAUUCAUGCACUUUUUCAUAUCUGCUGCUUUUGUUGCUUCGGCUCACAUCAAGGUCAUGUGUGAUAAGUCCCACUUUUGUGUGCAUGUAUAUAAUGUGUUAGAAGAAAAAUAAGUACAAAAACAGAAAUACUAACCAGAUAUAAUGAGAAAAA